CACAAACGCAUGAGGCUAUAAAUCAGUAAAACAGGAAAGGUGAUGACAGAAGGCAGAGAACCUGGUAUAGGAAACCAGAAACGUGUUUGAAAGAACAGCAGGUGUAUUGGACAGGAGCCUGGAUUACAGACAAGGAUCCUUUUAAAUUACAUUUCAUUUAAAGGAAGUUGCUUUUUUCUUUUUGACGGACGGACUUACCUGAACCUGUGCAGGAGGACAAAUGUAUAGGAUGUGCUUUCUUUUUCUCUUUUGCUCUGGGCCACAAAGUGGGUCAACACCUGAGAAGGAGCUGAAAGGAGCAGUAGAGACUGAGGCCGUUUUGUCCUACUGAAUGAGCACACACGGGGGGGGGGAGACAGCUGAACUAGAGAGCAUGGAAACACUUGAUUUUUUAAGCCACUGAAAACAGUUAAUUAUUCCAAGUUGCUGCUUGUGUGCCGUGUAUUUCACAAUGUGUACGCUCUAAAAUGUUGAAAUUUCAGACUUCAGACGUUCAAACUUUCUAAACCCUAAACUGGUUUUCAGGCUACAUGCGGACCAAUGUAACUACAUUUACCCUGCUGCUGGAAAUCUAGCUUUGUGACCAACUGUUUUCACUGGGAGGAGAAGCAGUGGAGUAAUUUUUUAUCUUUUUUAAAUCAAACUUCUCAACAGAAAUGCAUUUUGGAAUCUGUUUUCUUUUCUAUGACUCAGCCUUUAUUCAAGUGUAAAGAUAACAAAUCAUCUCUUGGCCUUAAAGUCCAAACAUUCCAAGUGAUCUACAGUACAAGAGGAGGUCAUCUCCUUCAUUCCUACAUAUUCACAUCCACAGUAAAAGACCCUACUGUACCUCCAGCAUGCAGACUUCAGGACCUGAGCAUGAUGACUCUUUUGAUUUGCUGUUCAAGAUCAUCCUGAUUGGAGACUCUAACGUAGGAAAGACCUGCCUGGUUCAGAAUUUCAAGUCAGGGACUUUCUCAGAGAGACAGCAAAACACCAUCGGAGUGGAUUUCACUGUACGGACCGUGGAUAUCGAUGGGAAGAAAGUUAAGAUGCAGGUGUGGGACACGGCAGGUCAGGAGAGGUUCCGUACGAUCACCCAGAGCUACUACCGCAGCGCUCACGGCGCCAUCAUUGCCUAUGACAUCACACGACGCCCAACCUUUGACUCAGUGGCUCACUGGAUCAAAGAGGUGGAGCUCUAUGGAGCAACCAAUGUAGUGCUGGUUCUCAUAGGUAACAAAUGUGACCUGGAGCAGGAACGUCAUGUUCCAUUUGAGGAAGCCUGCAAUCUAGCAAAGGAGAGAGAUGUCCUAGCUGCUCUAGAAACAUCUGCAAAGGAGAGUCAGAAUGUGGAGGAAGCUUUCACCUUGAUGGCCAGAGAGCUGAUGUCUCGUAACGGCCUCAAUGUCCACCAGGGGGACUCAGAGAGCCGCAGUACAUCUCGAGUUCUUCUCCGGGCUAACUCUCGACCGGUUAAUGGCACAGUAGAUGCCUACACGUCAUCAGAGAAGAAGACAUGUUGCUAAUUUAGGACAGGAAAGAGCUGAAGGACGCUUUUCUUCAUAAAUGUUGGAGAAGUGGAUGUCCCUACCCGAUUUCUACCGGAAACCCAAUUUGUUCAGGUUCCAUGCCUUGACCAAUUGACAAUCCUGACCCCAACCAAUUGAGGUCAUUGCCUAACUCAACCAUCUACGCACAUCCGUAGAACAACUCAGGUUUCCGCAGUGCAUCAGGCUGCCACUGGGAAAUGGAAGCAGGUCAAAAGAUCCAUGGAUGUGGAAUAAGGCUGGAAAGGCCUCAAGGACCAAAAAUCUUUGCAUUGAACAAACUUUAGGCAAAUUUUGGAAAGUAUUGAAAAAUCAAUUCAGUGUACUUUUUGUAGUUUACCUGACCCGAGAGAAUUAUUCAGCUGGCACUACAAGGACAAGGACCAAGCAUGUUUAAAUGGGUUAGGAGGUGGGGGGGCAGACAGUGGUAAUGAUUGUGAUCAGCUUUGGGUAAAGUUCUCAUUUAAAUCAACUAAUCCUGGAUUGUUUGGGUGUUAUUUUUUAAGUUUUCACUACCAAAAGUAAUCAAAAUCGGUAAAAUGUAAAGACUAAGGCAUUAAUGCGGUGGUUACUUAGUUACCACAACAUAUAAACAUUCCAAGCAUUCUCAACAUCUGCUGCUCUCAAUCACGUAAUCCUUAACACAACGUUCUUUGCGUGGUAUUUUUGUCAAAAUAAUGUCUUUAAGCUUAUCUCUGCUGGUAAGUAUUUCACCCACCUCUUGUGGUGCCACUAUGAUGAGCUGUGAUCCUCUUCUGCUGCUGUUUGACUUCAUAAUAAAGUCAUACAUGGUCACAAAUGUGCAUAUAGGAUGUGAAUGUCUUCUUGACUACUUAAUUGUGAACACUAGAUGGUACUGUGCUGCUACACAUGACCUAUACUGUGGCUGCAGGUUGGUUGCUCAUCAAGAUGAUCUAAAACAUCUGUGACUGCAAUAAGAGACAAUUACCCAGGUCUACAUGCAACCGGAAAUAGGAACAUCCCUUUUCAAAUCACCUUUAAGGCUGAACUUUGCCAAAAUCACUUCCUGCCAACACAACAGUCAAACUUAAGUAACUGAGCUGACAAUGUUUACACCCAGGAUAUAAAUCUGUUUCUCAUGCCAAGUUGGCAGGCCUAAUUUAAACAUCAAUAUGGAAGUCAUGUAGUUUCUUCCACUGAUACAGUUAAUCUGCUUUCAAGUUUAUUGGUUUAGUGAAUGGAACAAUCCAAGAGUAGCCUUGUCUAUCCAACAUCUGACAAGCAAUAAAUGAUGAAUAUGACUUUAACAACAA